GCCCAGUCAGCAUGCGCCGUCAUGAGUCAAGGUGAAUCACUUGGAUUCGACCCCACAACCAUGCCUUCCAUUCAACUCAUUCACUUCAUUCUUUUCAAGUCCAGUCCAGUCAAGUCAAUGCGAUGCCCUUCUGGACCGAGUGAUAAAUACCCUGGAUUUUCCACGUUUCAAGACACCAUCGAUCCUGCAUAAAAAAGAAUCCUUUAAAUCCUUCACCAUGUCCAACGCAUCCACACCGAUCGUCUUCUAUGACAUCGCCAUGCGUCCCCCGCGGGAGAAGACCUGCUGCUCACCCAAUCCCUGGAAAUCCCGAUUGGCACUCAACUUCAAAGGGCUCCCCUACUCGACCUCCUGGGUCCCGUUGCCCGAGAUUGAAAACGUUCGCCGCAAACUCAACGUCCCGGCCUGUCGCAAAUUUGCCGAUGGCACCGACUUCUUUACCCUGCCGAUCAUCGAGGACCCCGCGACCGAUGCGUCGGUCGGCGACUCCUUCGAUAUUGCCGUCUACCUCCAGAACACCUAUCCGAACUCGGGUGCCGGCGAUCUCUUCCCGCCGCAGACGCUCGACUACGACUUCACGCAUCCGAUGAUCCUGAUCCCGCUCUCGGAGUGUCGCGACAGUCCAUUUCCCGACUACGCCAAGUUCAAUAUGAACGUCGACGCCGCCUUUACCGCACACGUCCAGCUGGCGCUGCAAGGCUUUCCGUUCGAUCCCGCGACGGCCGAAGCCACGAAGGCGGAAUUCGUCCGGCGCGCGGGCGUGACCUGCUGGGAGGAUUUUGCGUUGGUGGGCGAGGCGCGAGAGAAGGUGAUGGAGUCGUUCCGGGAGAUGCUGGGUGGUCUGGCCAAGCUCUUCGUAAGGGACCCGAGUGGGCCCUUUCUCCUCGGCACGAGGGCGAGUUAUGCAGACGUCAUCGUCGGUGCGUGGCUCCGCAUGAUGCACACAACCCUACCGGAAAGCGAAUGGAAGGAGGUGAGCAGUUGGCAUGACGGACUUUUUGGGCGGUUGCAUGAUGCGUUGGAGGUCUAUGCCGAGGUGAAAUAGACAUGAAAAGGAUCCCUCAUGGUUGAAAAAUGGUUUUAAGAUCAGCAAAAAGCAAAGGUUACGAUAUUCAUGUCGGUUACGUUUCGAGGGGAGAGUCGGAGGGGAAUACGAUCGCGAUCAGAGUGGGAUGGAAUAAAAUACCAGCAACACGAUGGCAACCCUGCGCGAAGGGGCCACCACGUCAUAGUUAAUAUAACCACUAUUCAUAUUUCAAUUCUUCCAGAGAAGGGCAGACCUGAGCUAUCCAAUUUCUCGCCGACGUCUACUCUGUACUUCCGCUUGAUACGAAGAAUUCCCGCGAUGGGUCUCCUGUGGGUCCACGUCGUAGCACGCCGUCUAGUAGGAACAUGGAAAUGAUUAUUCUUGUAGUGCUCUGUAUCUUUUCAGGGACUAUGAAGAGGCGGCAUCAGCAUAAGGCUAUAUGGAUUUGGUGGAAAGGGGAUGACAAGGGAAGGUGAAGAGGGCAGUUCGUGUUGGAUUCUCGCUGAUUUAUAUAUAUCCAGCGGUGCAGAUGAUUAUUUUUCUACGCGGUCUACGGUUUGAUGUGGAUGACGAUGAAUACCCAUAAUCUAUUGCUCCUCAAUCGCGACCCUUGCUCAACGAAUGAUUGAGCUUAGGAUAUAUCAGGCAGAGUUAUUUUACUUCUCUUCUGUUUUGGUUGCUUACC